CAGCUGACUUGAUUGCACUCCCUUGCAGUAUUCAGGAGAUGCUGACAGGCCAGCGGCUCUGCCACUCGGAAUCGCACAACGAUAGCGUCCUGGCGGCGCUGAACCAGCAGAGGAGCGACGGCAUCCUGUGCGAUGUCACCCUGAUCGCCGAGGAGCAGAAGUUCCACGCGCACAAGGCCGUGCUGGCCGCGUGCAGCGACUACUUCCGGAUUUUGUUGGAGCCAGGAGUGAUCCAGGAUGUGUUAGCAGCUGGCAGUCACCUACAGCUGUUGGAGCUUCUCAAUUUAUGUUCCCACUAUCUCAUUCAGGAACUAAAUAGCUUUAAUUACUUGGAUCUGUACAGACUUGCUGACCUCUUUAACCUCACUUUGCUGGAGAAGGCAGUGAUCGAUUUCUUAGUGAAACACCUCUCCGAACUCCUGAAGAGCCGCCCAGAGGAUGUCCUCAUGCUUCCUUACUGCUUGCUCCAGGAGGUGCUGAAGAGCGACCGACUCACUUCCCUGAGUGAAGAGCAGAUCUGGCAGCUAGCCGUGAGGUGGUUGGAGCACAACUGCCAUUACCAGCACAUGGACGAGCUCCUGCAGUACAUCCGCUUCGGCCUCAUGGAUGUGGACACCCUGCACACGGUCGCCCUCUCCCACCCCCUGGUCCAGGCCAGCGAGACAGCCACAGCCCUGGUGAACGAGGCCCUGGAGUACCACCAGAGCCUCUACGCGCAGCCCGUCUGGCAGACCCGCAGGACCAAGCCACGCUUCCAGUCGGACACCCUGUAUAUCAUCGGGGGGAAGAAGCGGGAAGUCUGCAAAGUCAAGGAACUUCGGUACUUCAACCCGGUGGAUCAGGAGAACGCGCUCAUCGCCGCCAUCGCCAACUGGAGCGAGCUGGCCCCCAUGCCCGUGGGAAGGAGCCACCACUGCGUGGCGGUCAUGGGGGACUUCCUCUUCGUGGCGGGAGGGGAGGUGGAGCAUGCCAGCGGCCGGACGUGUGCGGUGAGGACUGCCUGUCGCUACGACCCUCGGAGCAAUUCCUGGGCCGAGAUCGCCCCCAUGAAGAACUGCAGGGAGCAUUUCGUGCUAGGCGCCAUGGAUGAGUACCUCUACGCAGUCGGGGGCAGAAAUGAACUGCGCCAAGUCCUGCCCACCGUUGAGCGGUACUGCCCCAAGAAGAACAAAUGGACUUUUGUGCAGUCCUUCGACCGGUCCCUUUCCUGUCACGCUGGCUAUGUGGCUGAUGGUCUUCUUUGGAUAUCAGGUGGAGUAACUAACACAGCGCAAUACCAGAACAGACUGAUGGUAUAUGAACCUAACCAGAAUAAGUGGAUAAGCCGCAGCCCCAUGCUACAGAGAAGAGUCUACCAUUCCAUGGCAGCCAUCCAGAGGAAGCUUUAUGUUCUUGGAGGCAAUGAUCUGGAUUACAACAACGACCGAAUUCUUGUGCGCCACAUAGAUUCUUAUAACAUGGACACUGAUCAGUGGACCCGUUGCAAUUUUAACCUGCUGACUGGCCAGAAUGAAUCUGGAGUUGCUGUCCACAAUGGGAGAAUAUAUUUAGUUGGUGGAUAUUCAAUUUGGACAAAUGAGCCUCUGGCUUGUAUCCAGGUUCUAGAUGUAAGCAGAGAAGGCAAAGAAGAAGUAUUCUAUGGGCCUACACUACCUUUUGCUUCCAAUGGAAUAGCAGCAUGCUUCCUUCCAGCCCCAUAUUUCACAUGCCCCAACCUUCAAACUCUUCAAGUGCCUCAUCACAGAAUUGGUACCAUCUGAAAAGCCAGUGCUCUGUUAGUAACCAUCACCGAUGGAGGAAAAAACAAGUUUGACUUCCAGAUAGUGGACUUGAAACUCCUCAGUGCUCAAUGCUUCCUUGUCUUCUUUCAUGGGUCUUCAAUUUCAGAUAAAAAGUAGCAAAACAAUUUUCUAAAGUACAUUAUUGGGAACUUUUCUCUGUGUAUGUCAACAUAAAGUAAAAAUAUGUUUGACUUUUAUUGUGGUGUAGCUUAGUGCCAACUGAAUAGAACAUUGUUUUUUCAUGGGUCUUUCAAUAUUCUUUGUACAUGUUCCUAAUCAGCACUGUCUAGGACA